AUGAUUGAGGCAAUCCUGCUUGCUUUUAGCCAUUACUGGCUCUAUUUCGUUCCUGCUCUUAUUCUUGCAUAUUUGCUUCGAAACUAUUUCGACAAGGGUCUCAACAAAUAUCCGGGGCCAUUCCUAGCCAAUUUCACAGAUGCUUGGAGAUUUAUCAAUGUAUACAAGAGAAGACCAGAUAUCACUCAGAUCAGAUUACACCGGCAGCUUGGAAACAUAGUUCGACUUGGACCCAAUACUCUUUCCUUUUCUGAUCCAGCUGCGAUCAAGACCAUCUACGGUCUCAACAAGGGAUUUGUAAAGUCGGGGUUCUAUCCGCCUCAACAGGCAACGUUCGAAGGUAAACGGCUACCAUCCCUAUUUUCUACGACAGACGAAGCCUACCAUGCCAACCUUCGACGAUCUGUCAAUAGUGCCUUUUCGAUGAGUGCUCUGGUUCAAUAUGAGCCGAACGUCAAUGAGGUUAUCGACGUAUUCCUGGAACGUACGAGACAGGUCUAUGCUGCCCCAGGAAAAGUUGCAGAUUUCGCCCUGUGGCUACAAUACUUCGCUUUUGAUGUUAUCGGUCAAAUCACGUACAGCAAACAGCAUGGUUUUGUAGAAAAGAACGAGGAUAUUGAUGGUAUGAUCGCAUACCUCGGGAGAUUGUUCAGCUAUGUGGCACCCGUUGGUCAGAUGCCAUUUCUGGAUCUCCUGCUCUUGAAGAACCCAAUCGUUCUGUUUCUCGACAAGCUCGGCUAUAAGCCUCUCGCUUUUCCAGUCACAAAAUUUGCGAGAGCAAGAAUGGCGGAGAGGUUAUCUGAGAUGGAGAACCAGAUCGAGAAAGCACCAUCUGGAGCCAGCACACCUGGUCGCGGAGAUCUACUAUCCAUGUUUCUCAAGGCACAGGCACAAAGGCCGGAGUUCAUGACAAGUCAACGUGUACUCACCAUGGCAGUGAGCAUGGCAUUUGCUGGCUCCGAGACAACUGCCAUUUCCUUGGCAGCUGUAUUCUACCACCUUCUAAAGAAUCCUGCGUGUUACAGAAAGCUUCAAUACGAGCUCGACGAGGCCAUGCGCCAUGGUAGAGUAGGGCGAGGCGAGACUGGUCUAGUAACUUGGUCCGAAUCACAGACUCUACCGUAUCUCGACGCAGUGAUCAAGGAAUCAAUGCGUGUUCAUCCCGCUGCUGGUCUUCCACUCGAACGAAUCACUCCACCAGGCGGCAUCGAGAUUUGUGGUGAGCACAUCCCAGCCGGCACUAUCGUCGGCUGCUCAGCAUGGGUCAUACACCGGCACGAGCCGACCUUCGUCCCACAAUCCAAUCCAACCGCUUAUCCCAUCGACAAAUUCGUACCAGAACGCUGGCUUGAUGCAUCAUCCUCCCAGCGGAAGGAGAUGGAAGCCACGAUGUUUCAGUUCGGCGCUGGUAGCCGAACCUGCAUCGGUAAGAAUAUCAGCUUGCUGGAAAUCUACAAGCUGGUCCCAAACUUCUUGCUCAAAUUUGAUAUUGAGCUUGAGGAUCCGGAGGAGGAGUGGAAGUUACACAACGCAUGGUUUGUGAAGCAGCUUGACUUUAAUGCCAAGUUCUCGGAGCGUCAGGUAGGGAGAGAAAGGAGCGAUAGUGGCAAUAUUGUGUACUAG